AGGAUUAAAGUCGCUGUUACGGACGUCUAAUCCUAGCGGGACUUAAUUCGAUUCUUUGGGGUUUGCCUUUGGAUGGACUUUUUGAAUUCCAAGUGACGAGAAAAGCUCAUUUAUAAACUUGCUCGGAUUUACUUUUCUGUUUCAUUUGAGUUUGGAAAAGUUUUUGCAAUAUCCUGUUAUUGUACUGUAUUGUGUAGAAUUAUUCGUAUUAUUAUGGGAGCGCGCUUACGCGAACACUUGACCAGCCUCGAAUGUUUUAUACACAUGGAGGGUUUUUGUUUUAGACAGACACAUGGACAGUGUCACCCCCAUUUCCAAUGCCUAAUGUGAAAUCCUGUGGUUUUGAGGAGCUCCAGCAAGGCUAUGAGAAUGAGCACGGACCUGGAGCGCGUUUCUCUCAAGUCGGGCGCGAACUCGCUAGGCUCCGGUGGCCGUGCCUUAUCCGUGAACGUGAAGAAGUUACACAACGCGCUCAACGUGCUGCUGGACGACUUGGAGAGAGAGCAGUUUAUUCACUGUCUCAACGUUUACCACGCUAAGCGUAAUGUCUUCGACCUCGUGCAGACCCUCAAAGUCAUUCUCAACACCCCCAACAAGCGUCAAUUGUUACCCAUGCUGCGUCUCGUAAUACCCCGCUCGGACCAACUGCUUUUCGAUCAGUACACCUCGGAAGGUCUCUAUUUGAAAACUGACCUGCUAGCGAAUGUUAAACAUGAGUGCUCGGAAGAAAUAAGCGGCAUGAAUGAUCACGCAGCAGGAGCAUCCUCGGUACACUUUCUUCCCGAGUCGGAGCACGCCGGUCCCAAUCAGGGGUGUGCGCGCGCAGCUCCAGAUUUCAGCACCCCGCAUGAGGGGACAGCUCCGGCUGGCACGUGUUUGAGCUCUGCGUCUGAUGAAAUUCGGCAGGUUACGCUGAAACGGAGCAAGAGCCACGAAGGCCUAGGGUUCAGCAUACGGGGUGGAUCAGAGCACGGAGUUGGGAUCUAUGUGUCUUUGGUGGAACCGGGAUCUUCCGCUGAGAGAGAGGGACUGAGAGUUGGAGACCAGAUCAUUAAAGUCAAUAACAUGGUGUUUGACCGAGUCACUCAUGGAGAGGCAGUCAAGGUGUUGAAAGGUUCAAAGAAGCUCUCCAUCUCUGUCUGCUCGAUGGGCCGGAUCCCAGGUGGCUAUGUGACUAAUCACGUAUACACGUGGGUGGACCCCCAGGGUCGCAGCGUAUCUCCACCUCCAGACCUGCUGGACCAACAUCAGGAUAUCCAGCAACAUGGACACGCACACCAUGGCAGUGCUGAGAGGAGGGUGAACAUCUCACUGGAUGACGGACGAUCUCUUGGUCUGAUGAUUCGUGGAGGUGCUGAGUACGCUUUAGGCAUCUACAUCACUGGAGUGGAUCGUGGCUCGGCUGCAGAGUACAGUGGACUAAAGGUAGGGGAUCAGAUUCUGGAUGUCAAUGGUCGUAGCUUCCGGAGCAUUCCUCAUGAUGAAGCUGUGCAGAUCUUGAAGAAUUCCUGCCACAUGCUGAUGACCAUAAAGGACGUGGGUCGGCUGCCUCAUGCACGUACCGUGGUGGACGAGACCAAGUGGAUCCCCAGCGCACAGAUUGCUGAGAGCUCAGCCAAUAGCAACACUCAGAGCUGUCUAUCUGUUGAUGUUGGAGAAAGUUCAGGAAAGUCAGUCUGCUGGAAAGGGGUUUUACCAGCACCUGGAGCCAUGCGAGUCGGAGCGUGGAGCUCGCUGGAGGAACAGGCAUACAUGCUUCUGACCGAGACAGAGAGGCAAACCAUGAGCUAUUACAUUCAAGAGUACCAGCGUGGACAUAUCGGAGUAGAGCCUCUGGCGAUGGCCCUGUUUGAACUCUUCAACACACAUGCCAAGCUGUCAUUACUGGCUGAAGUGCGGACCCUGAUCGCGCCAAAGGAUCUGGAGCGCUUUGAUGGGCAGGUGUUAAAUCGUGAAAUGGAGGCGUGGAGGGCUCGGCACGGAGGUCCGGGCCUGCUGCAUCCUGACUCUAUUAGCAUCUCUCUUCCAGAGGGCCACAGUCCGACCUGCCAGCUGAAACCUUCAGUCCCCACGUGCAACAAGAGCGACUGCAGAUUAGAUGGAAUUCUGAUGCCCGUUGAGUGUCUGAAUUCUCUUCCUGACAUUGCUUUGGACAAAGUGGAGUCACCCCCCUCUUUCAAGCCCCCUCCUCCACCUCCUCAAGGCCACGUUCGACAUGCCAGCCCUAAAACUCAGACAAAACGGCCUUCGUCCAAGCUGUCCCAGACAAACCUGUUCUUUACUGCCCCCUGUAGGCGGCAUCAAGAAAACCACACCCACAAUCACCCCCACACGCACUUGCCCUGCUCGGGCCACGUCUCGCCAUGUACCAUCCACCACACUUGUUCCACCUGCUCCGUUCUUCACACUCCUCCGCCCUGUUCUCGUCGUCACAAUUCUCCGCGAUCGUCCUAUCACGCCAGCUCUUCCUCUGGAGCACCGACCAGAGAUCUGGUUCAGUUUCUGAUGAGCCGGCAAGCAGCAGCGCUUUCCCCACACCAAGAGUCUCCGAACCGUUCUCGAGAAGGCACCCCCGUGAUCUCUCCCCGCUCCUCUCCAUCCAUUUCGCCUUCGCUGCUAAUGCCUGGACCGCCACCCUGUAGUCCUGAGAAGCCGGAGGGCUCCCCCUCAACACACAACUGCGGAGCACCCCAUAGCAGCCCGCUACACCUGGAGCCAGAGACAACGGAGGAGAGACCCCAGCCCCAGCUAAGAGGAGCCACGCUGUCUCAGCUGUCAGACAGCGGGCAGACUUUGAGCGAGGACAGUGGAGUGGAUAUCGCGGAGGCCGGAGGGUUGAGUAAGGACAGCAGUCCACGGCCAGGUAAACCUCCAUUCCUGCAGCACAUCGGGGACGCGCGCAGAGCAGAGGGAUUCGCACAGAUAUCCGCAAAACAGAUGGAAAUAAUGGAGCCUACUCUUGUACGGGUGCCCAAAUGUGCCAGUACCCUGGGUAUUGCUGUUGAAGGGGGUGCCAACACCAGACAGCCUAUGCCACGCAUCGUGACUAUACAGAAAGGGGGCUCUGCUCACAUCUCUGGGCUGUUACGGGUGGGUCAGGUGAUUUUGGAGGUGAACGGAGUGUCGCUCAGGGGCAUGGAGCACCGGGACGCGACUCGGGUCAUCGCAGAGGCCUUUAAGACCAAAGACAAAGAUCACGUGGACUUCUUGAUCGCAGAGUUCAACUCCGCACUGUAGAAGUCAAACUUUGCAUACCAGACGAUGCUGCAGAUACCCGCGGAGGGGACGAAUGAAUCAUGCUUGUCAUAUCUUUAUCACAAACAGCUUUGAGUUCAAGAGCCAACAAACACCCACUUCACGUCUGGAUUGUCGCAACCGGUCAGACUGUCGUGCCUGGUUAUGACUCUCACCGCACGUAAAUACUGCAAUAUCUGUGCAUGAAACUGGAUGAAUGUGAUUGGACAAGAUCUGGGGUCUUAUCUGUCCCAUUCACAUACAUGAUAUAUCCAAAGCCACAGCAUUUAUCUACAGUCUCCUUUUGCCUCAAGGAUCAAUGGACAGCAUUUAAAAUGCAAAUCUUGUGUUUUAUGGUACUGUACUGUAGAUAAAGGAUUAACCAUAAAACAAAGAAAUUAAUUUAAAAUGACACUGACUGUUUAUAUAAUCAACCAUAUCAAAUCUAACAAUAUUAAGCUACAUAGAGUAAAAAGUUAAUAUUUCAUAAUAUCAUCCCAGGUUACAAUCUGCAGCAAAACAAACCCUUAUGGGUGAUUCUCACGAAAUCCAGACUUAGAAGCUGUCCAGCAUCAGAU